GCAUUUAAUUUAAAGGGCCAGGAGUGUGCCCCCGCCCAACCUCCCCGAUCAAAGCUGACAGACUGGCAGACUUUAGUGUGAAGCCAGUCUUAGGAGCCAGACUGAGCCGAGUGAAAGAGCCCUCUCUGCAAGGGCGAGGGGGAGGGGGAGCUUUGGGGGUAACGGGCAGCUGCAGGGGACACAGGAGCGCUGGGUCACCGACGGGACCUGGGACAGAAAGGGGGUUAGUGACGCAGGGAAAUAAUGUAAUUUCUCCCUAUCCUUCCUCCUCCAAGUUGUCUCUUAGGAUUGCUCUGUUCUGCCCCUCGUUACUUCCCCCCAUCCCCUUCCCCAAAUCUAAAUUUUGGCAGGCCUGGAGUCGGGACAAGACGUACGGACUCUUCAAGGCCCUUUUUGUUCACUCUCCCUGCCCCGGGUCCCUCUCCCUUGCCCUCCUCCCCCAUCUUUUUUCUUCUUUGCUAGUUGGGCAUUAGAGGAAGUCACAGGGCGAUUGCCCCGCACGAAGCCUGGCACUGGGAGAGAGGCGACCGGGGCUUCUCUUCGGUGCGCAGCGUUCUCCCGGGGCUAGACUGGCACAAGGGUCCUCACCUGCCACUGAAAAGCCGAUCCUCGUUAGCAGUAGUUUGGGUAGAAAGUUUCGGGAGGCAGGUGAGUCCCCGGCGCGCUUAGGGCGCUCCGCACAUCCUCCCCUUUCUCGUCCCUCCCCAACUUUCCAGAGUGCGAUGCCUUCCCCUGUACACCCCCGCCCAGUGCGCGGGUGAGGGAGCCCCAAUCCUCCCAGCCCAGAAAGAGUGGAGAGGAUGGCCCAGCCGGCCGUCCCGCUGGCCUGAGGAGCGGGUCCGGGGCUCGGACGUGAAGGAAGGCAGCCCUUCUAGCAACCAUGGCGGCCCUCGGGCUCGCCCUGAUCCUACUCCUGGAAUGUGCGGUCUCCGGCUCUGGUGAGGCAGGGAAAUUCCAUACCUUUCGCUGUGACCACCAUGCCUGCAACCCACCCGUGGGGAACCUUGCUACAGGCAGGACCCCUAUCACAUUCACUACCUGCGGAGAGAGUGGUACAGAGCUCUCCUGUUCCUAUGUGGAUCAGCCUGCUCUCCCUUCCAACACCUUGAAUUGUGGUCAUCUUCAAUGCACCAAGUGUAACGCUCAGCAACCCAACAAUUCCCAUCCACCAUCCUCCAUGACAGACGACGUCUUUAUUGCUCCUGGCACCUGGUGGCAGUCAGCUCCAGGUAUCUCACGAGAAGAGAUUCGCUUGGACUUUGAGACAGAGUUCUACCUGACUCAUGUCAUCGUGGUCUUCAAAUCUCCCCGGCCAGCUGCCAUGAUCUUGGAGCGUUCACAGGAUGGUGGACAUACUUGGAGGCCUUAUAAAUAUUUUGCCACUAACUGCACAGCCACUUUUGGGCUUCAAGAUGACCUCAUUGAAGAAGGCUCACUUUGUACAUCUAGGUAUUCGGAUGCUAUUCCUUGUACCAGAGGUGAGGUUAUUUACCGGGCUCUAACUCCCACUAAUCAGAUUGAUGAUCCUUAUGGCCCAGAAGCCCAAGAUUUGCUAAAACUCACCAAUCUCCGUCUUCUGCUGCUAAAAAGGCAAGAUUGCCCCUGCCAAGGGAUGAGGCUCCUGGAGAAGCCCCAGCGAUUCACCCAUUACGCCAUUUAUGACCUGAUUGUUCGAGGAAGCUGCUUCUGCAACGGGCACGGGGAAAUGUGCCAGCCGGUAGAGGAGAUGGGAGACUCCAGGAAUAAGGUUCAUGGGGCAUGUGUGUGCAGACAUCACACAGCAGGCCUGCACUGUGAGAAGUGUUUGCCACUGUACAAUGACCAGCCGUGGAAACCAGGAGAUGGAAAAACCAAUCAGCCCAAUGAGUGCAAAAAAUGCCGUUGCCACAACCAUGCUGACAGCUGCCACUUUGAUGCGGACGUCUGGUUGAGCUCUGGGAAGCGCACAGGCGGCAUCUGUGACAACUGCCGGCACCACACGGAGGGCCGUCACUGCCAGAAAUGCAAGUCGGGGUUCUAUCGGGACUGGAGCAAGCCUAUGUCUUCCCCAGAAGUCUGUAAACCUUGCUCGUGCCAGCCCUUGGGUUCAUCCAAUGAGACUUCCCACAAGGGUUUCCCUUGCCAUCCCAAGACAGGGUACUGUCUCUGCAAGCCUGGAGUAGCCGGCCCGCACUGUGACCGAUGCCUGGUGGGGUACUGGGGCUUUGGAGGAAAUGGCUGUCGUCCUUGUAACUGCUCUGGGGCAUGUGACCCCCACACCGGGACCUGCCUAAGUGGACGUGAAAAGGAGCCUUUCCUCCACAUCCCUGUGGGGGGGCAGAUCCCUGAGCUUGUCCAGGGACGCAAUGACAGUGAGGAGCCAGAGCCAUUGAGGUGGGAUGGUCAGGAGCAAGGGUUUUCGGCCCUGAGACAUCCAGAGAAGUGUGUCUGCAAGGAGAAGGCUAUUGGGAAGGUCAGGGAUUUCUGCCAGAUGAAGUAUGCGUAUGUGAUAAAGGCUAAGAUCCUUUCGGCGUAUGACAAAGGCACCCAUGCUGAAGUCUGGGUGAAGGUGAAGAAGGUCCUAAAGUCUGGUCAAAUGAAAAUUUCCCGGAGUCACCAGAGCAUUUACCCAGAGUCCUGGACCCACAGGGGAUGCACCUGCCCCAUUCUGAACCCAGGUACGGACUACUUGAUCGCGGGGCAGGAGGACCCCAAGAACAGCAAACUCUUAGUCAACAUGAACAGCCUGGUGAAGCCUUGGAAGGUGUACCUGGGAAAACAGGUAACAGGUAUCCUCCGUACCGGCUGCAAGUAACGGAGGCAGGCGCCCCGAGCUUCACUUCUCUGCAACCAAGUCUAGUGUGUUCGCCACUCUGAAAACCCCAGACUCUCCGGGGCGUCGGUGUGGACUGCCCCUCCUCUUGUAAACUCAGGACAGGGUCCUUCCUUCCUGUAGAGCCCCGCUGCCCCACCGGAAUCCCAAGCAAACGGUCUCACUCAAAGAAGGGGGUCAGUGCCGGCUCCUCUUGGAGGGGGAUUCCCCUGGGACUUAAACGCUGCUGAUUCGACGGAGGCGUCCCAAGGUAGAGGUCUCAGGAGACUCUGAUUCCCACUCUCAUUCACAUGGCCUUAAGCAGAUCAUUCCAACCCGGACUCCUUUGGGCCCAAAGGGAUGGCAAUAACCCCGCUGGGCCAGCCCUUCUCCCAGGGUUGUAGGAAUGAGAUGGUGGAUGUAAAAGCACUUUGUAGACUGGGAAGUUCAUACAAAUGUAACAGGCUGCUAUUCUCCUAAUCCCCACAUCUAAAAUUUAACCCGACACAGAUUAUCUGUUGGGUACUGUAUUUUGUGAUGGGGAUCUCUUGCCCGCUCUUUUUCUAGUGCUACAAAUGGAAAAUAUGAAUUUAUCAUUGGAUGCCAUAUUUUGUUAUUUAUUAUGGCAAAGCAAAGUUGGAGGCACCAUGGUUUGGUGGAAAGGGGGCUGGCUUUGGACCCAGAAGAUGAUGGAGUUUAAAGCCCUGGCUCUGCUACUUGCUACCUGAGCCUGGGUUUCCUCAUCAAUAAAGUGAGUCAGACCUGAUGGGCCUCAGAGAUCCAUGGGAAAUAGUGGAAAUAGCACAGUGUAGAAAAUUUGUCUUUGAACUCUUACUCUGCUUCUUAACCCUCGUGUUACUUUGGGCAAGUACUUCCUGGUCCUGGGAUUUUUCAUUAGCCAAAGGAGGGGUCUGAGAGGUUCUCUCUAGCUUUAGACCCGUGAUCUUUGGAAGUAAUUCCUCAAAUAAAGAAUCCCUGCUCUCAGACCAGGUUGUCAGUGACAACCUGGAUUCAAUGGUCAAUUUGAUGCAGAUGGUUUCCAGAUGAUUUCAUUCAGCUUUCACCUCUCUCUGUAUUUCUAGUCUUGGAUCUCCAGCUUCUUAUUAAACAUCCUAAUUAUUUUUUCUCUAAACUCUCCUCUCUUUCCAACUUUCCUAUUACAUUCCACCAUCUUUUCUGUCCCUUAGGCUUGCAAACUCAGUUUCAUCCUUGACGCUUCACUCUCUCCGACUCCUCCCUAUCACACCUGGACUAAUAAAAGCCAGCUUAGCCUCCCUGUCAUAAAUUCCCCUUCACUCUAGUUCAUCCUCUGCUCAACUAUCAAAGUGACCUCCCUAAAGUGCUCUCCCCCCUCCCCAUUUAGCAAACUCUAGCUGUGGACAAGUCACUUAAUCUUUAUUUGCCUCAGUUUCCUCAUCUGUAAAAUGAGCUGCAGAAGGAAAUGACAAAACACUCCAGUAUCUCUGCCAAGAAAACCCCAAAUGAGGUCACAAUGAAUCAGACAUGGCUGAACAGAGUGCACACCUACAUACCUCCCCCAACAUGUACAUAGUGCCUCCCUGUUACUUUCAAGAUCAAAUAUAAGAUCAUCUUUUUGGUUUAAAAGCAUUUUAUGAUCUGGCCCUUUCCUGCCUGUCCAGUCUUCUUAGACCUUAUGUUCCUCCACAUACAGUACUCCACGAUCCAACGGCCUCUUUGCUGUUCCUUGUACGUGACACUCAGUUUCCUGAUUCCCAUCUUCCCGGGCUGUCCCCCAGGCCUGGAAUUCUUAACUGAAAUCUCAGCCCAAAGUGGCUUCUCCUGCCUCCAUCUCUUAUUGCUGGUCUCCAAUUUGUCUGGUGUUCCCUUGUUUGCACGUUUUCUCUGAUCCUGCUCGUUGGUACCUCGAUGUCUGACUUCACUUGUUGGAAACGGCACCUUAUAGAAGAAAGGCUCAGCCCUGGAAGGGCCUUCGAAUGUCACACAACCCACCCCGCCCCGGUCCCAAAGUCCCUUCUCCGAGCCGGAGGAAUCCCAGGUGGGUGAUUCUGCCCAGUCCUUGGAGGCCAGGGACUUCCCUCGCAGUCCAUUUUCACAUGUGGUUAACCUUGAAGGUGACACUUGCUAGUUAGGUUGGACAAAGCGGCUGUUCCCCAACCUGAUGCUGCCUUCUCCUGCUCUGUGCAUUCAGGCAGGUGUCUCUCCAUCCCCGGAACCCUCUUCCUUUAAGCCUCGGCUCCUCAUCCCCCCCGCCCCAUCGCCCCACUGUGGGCUGAGAGAGUCCUCUUCUGCCUCUGAUUUUCUUGGGACGCUCUGGAUUUCUUUGUUGUCCCUCUGUCCCUUACCUAUUAUAACACUCACUUGCACAUAUUUUCCUAGGAGAGCAUGAGCUGCUUGAGGAGGGGGCCUACGUCCAUUUUUAGCUUCAUGUUUCAGCACUCAGCUUACUAAAGCUAUCCUGAAUUCCCAGGCCUCUUGUGGAGGGCCACGUGAUAAGACAUCACCACCAGAUCAGCGUCGGAUUAGUGGAGAAGGAACAGUGCGAGAUCCUGGGGUUUGCCCUUCUCGUUUUAGCUCUGGCUCUGGGAAUCUGGUUCCCAGGCAGGGGGUCUGGUUUGGGGCUGGGGGGGUGCGAAGCAUGGUGUCCAAGGGUGCUCUGAGUUCCCACUUCUAGGUUGCACUGUUAAUAAAAUCCCAGAAAUUCACCAGACCGGACCAGCCUUAACAAGUGGUAGUAGGUAUGGAUGCUGUCUGUGGGGAGAAGGCUUGACUGAGUCGUCAGGUCACCAGAUCACUUUGGGAGAAUCCGCUUACACACAUGCUAGGGGAAGGCUGCCGUGGUCACCCACCCUCAGGGUUUCCUGUGGGUUCUUUCCAUUCAGCAUCUCUCGCACUCAGGUCCGGGGGACUCUUAAAUGCAUCCUCAUCCCCUGAUCCUGGUCACUGGUUGGUCUGUGUCUGGGACUUCCCACAAGGCUGUGGAGUGGGUGGCAAAGGCCUUGGGCCGAGGGACCUUAGUUCUGCUUUCAGCUCUUGCUGUGUGACCCUGGUUGAAGGGGAGCUUGUUUCCUUGUCUCAAUGCACGUUCCUUUCCUGAUGCUGAAAUGCUUCAAUCAGCGGUAAAGGCAAGAGAGGUUACUGGGACAUGGGAAGUAGGGAGUGCCUUUUGGCCAAAUAUGGGAGGCUUCCCCAGCCUCAGGUUCCUCCCUUCCUCCCUGUUCUCCCUCCCCCAACACAGACAUUGCAUCCUAGACGGCCCCAGUCCUACUGGCUGGUUUGGGAAGAUAGCCAGAGGCUCAUCACCACUGGCCGUGAUUGCACAAAAGGCUCUUCCGAACAGAAAUUCAGUGGUAGGAAAACCCCACCAGGCCUGGCCCCCUUAACGCUCCCUGUAUUGGGGUGUAUUCUGGCCCAGGCCUUUGGCUUAAUAAAGGGAGGCAACGUUGAAAGCCAGCUCUGGUUGCUAGCAGGCUUCCAUGAACCCUUUUAAUGGCUGACCCCUUCCAGCCAGCCCCAUAGUCCUCCUUUGCAGAACCUGACCUAAUCCUUAUAGGCGAGCACCAAAAAAAAGAAUCAGGAGAUUUAGAGCUGCAGUGUGCAGGUCUGCCACCGAGCCCCUUUUACAGAUGGAGAAACUGAGGUCCUGACAAGGGAAACAAGUGGCCCAACUGGGAUUCAAAUCCAAGUUCUCUUGAUGCGAAAUGCAGUCUUUCCCCAAGGACCAAGAAUUAUGGAAGGAGUGUCUCAGCGGAGCCUCAUCUCACCGCUUCCUUGCAUGGAGAGAAAUGAGAUAUCUUGGUCAAGCUCACACGAUGAAUUAGUAAUAUAUCAAUCCCCGAAUGCCAAGGCCAACCACAUGUAAAAUAUACCAUCUGCCAUCGUACUUUGUCCAUGGGCGGAUUAUCCCAAAACUUAAAAAUGUUAUUUAAAUUGAAUUAAUAAAAGCCCAAGAUCCAGGAGGGAAUUUGGAUCAUGGGAAUCUGCCUCUUCCAUGUUCUAGGAAUUUAAAACAAACAACUGAAUAGGAUCUUAGGGACAUUUAAAGGAUGAAGAAAUUUAGAGCUGAAAAAUCUUUAAGGCCUCCUUGACAUUUCUGAGGGUCUUGAAGCCCAGAGUGGGGCCCAUAGUGAGUCAAUGACUAAUUUAGGCUUAGAGUUCUGAAGUCCUUAGUACUGAGGCUUUUGCACUGUUGAGACAGCUGUCACUUAGGCCACUGUAAUGAAGAGUCUGGUUUUGGGCUUCUUCUGUGGCUACCCCUGGCACUGGUGUGGUCGGUCAGGCUGUUCUACACGUGGGCAAGGACAGGGUUAAUGAAGACUGCAAGUCCCUAGUCACUAUCAGCAAUCUGUCCUUUAGCUUUGUAACAAAGCAUCUUGUAAUGCAAAAGGACAGCCAGAUGACCAAGCAGCCUUUGUGUCACGGACAGGUUCCACGCCAUGCUGACAGUCCUUAUUCCUAUAAUUCUUCCACCAGAAGCCAGACAAAGGUGCCCACAGGGGAAAAACUUUCCCAAAGCCUGGUUUGUGAAACUUUGGUGACACAAACUGGGCCUUGCAGGUCAGUGGUGAAUAGAGAACCUUACUUUUUAUCAGGACUGUGCUCACUGCCAAGUUUUCUCUUUCACUAGCUACCUGUUUACAUUCAGUCCAUUGACAUUUCUUACAAUCCUGACUCCAAAUUCUCAAGAUCUAUGGUCAGUCCUGUCUGAUGGAGAUUGAGGGCACCUUAACAGCACUGGCCUGAAUCAUCACAUCUCUGCAGAGGGACCACGGUCAAAGAUAAUAUACCCCACCUAUCCAGAACAAAACCCUGCAUCCUGCCCAUAGGAAAUCCUUAAAUCUUCACUAGCUACUGAUUCUUUAUAUAGGGUGGUGUGAAACAGAGGGCCGAACCUGGAAUUAGGAAGUACUGAGUUUGAAUUCUGAUGCAAACCCUUUCUCGCUCCUGGGGAAGCUGAAUGAAUAAUCUCACUGAACCUCGGUCUCCUUGCCUGUAAAACAAGAAUACUAAGAUCUGUAGUAUUUAUCUCACAGAGCAGUGAUGAAAUGAGAUAAAUGUACAUAAAGUGGUUUAUAACCUCAAAGCAAUAUAGAAAUGCCAGUUAUUAUUAUUCUAAUAUGUUUAGCUAAACGGUUUCUUAGAAUACAUAUUACCGACUGAAAGAAAAAAAAAAUGAGAAUAAAUAUUCUGAAAGCAAAAGCCUAAGACCCAGGGAAAAAGAUAAAUCAAACCUAGGGGAACAGGUAGAAGAAUUCAGUAUAACUCGGAGAUCCAAAAGGAGGCCCUGAAUCACAGCAAAGUACCAAUUCCCAUCCUGCUCAGCAAUCUCUGAUCAUGAAGGCAGAGAGUGUGGGAAAUGGGUGAGACCUUCUGCUAGCUGGGAAACCACUCACUCAGGAAGAACAUGGAGCAGCUCGUGGCCUGAUGGGCUGGGUGUGUGUACCACACCUUGUGACGUUUCCGACUUUAGAACAGAAGGCCUUACUCCUCCAGCUGCCUUUAAAACACAGUUCACUGACUUUACUCAGAUACCUGCUGUGCUUCUUAAGCUUCCUUAAAAAUAUUUUCCAUUCCCCUUGGAAGGGUAUAGAGGAAAGAUGCCCUAGGUUUGGGUGGGGAACCCCUGCCAUCAUUAGUUUUGGGCCAUAGGGAAAUCCCUUCACCUGCUGGAACAUGUUUCCUUGUUUGUUUAAAAGAAAAAAAAAAAAGAGUCCCAAUGAACUGCCACUUCCCUCACAGGGUCAAACGAGCUAAUGGAUGUCCAAGUGUUCCAUAAAUGAUUAACUAACUGGUAUGUUUUUGUAAGUGACCAUCUUCUCUUAAAUGGAAAACAAAGCUAACUGCAAAAACAAAGGCAGUGAAUUCAAAAGCAGGUAAAAAUAUUUUUUUCUUUUAAUAUGCACUUGAAGUCAUACUCUUUUCUCUAAGACUGUUACUCCAGGUAACAGCUCAGUCUCCACUUCCCAAGGGCAUUCUGUAUGAACUGGUAAAGAUGGAACAGGCAUUAACAAAGGGGUCCUCAACCGGGGUGUUCUCAACAGUAAAGGAACAGCGAUAAACAUGUUUUUGCAUUUGUUUUGUAAGAGUCAGAGGUUGCCUGAUGUACCCGCACAUCUACACUUUCAAAAACAUAUGAAAACCAGAGCUCAAUGUAUAAAUUAAAAACAAACAAAAAAUCCCACCCAAGCCAUUUCCCCCCAGACUCUAUCAGCAGUAUAUAUAUGUGUGUGUGUGUAUAUAUAUAAUAUCUAUCUAUUCCCGAUGUAAAUGUAUCACGAAUCAGUACCUUUACACAACAUAAAUUUGAGAUUCUGUCUUAAAAAUCAA